AUGCCAAUGAGUUGUCUUUCAGUAAACCUUAGAGGUGCUGGUGGGUCUUACAAAGGAGAUUGGGUGAGAGAUUUAAAAAUGCUUCAUCAGAUUAAUUUUAUUAGUGUGCAAGAAACUCAAUUGAUUGACACUAACGAUCUUCCUGUGAAUCUUUUUUUGGGUAAUUCUGAUUUUCAUUAUGUCUCUGUGGAAUCGCAAGGUAGAUGGAGUGGGAUGCCUGGCCUCACAAAUAUUUUGAAUAUUUAUGCCCUUGUAAAUGAUGAUAAUAGAGCUUCAUUGUGGCUGCACUUGAAUAAUCACAUCAGAUCGAUGGAGGGUUGUUGGCUUCUUAUAGGUGAUUUUAAUGAAAUUAGAUACAAGUAUGAGAGGUUUUCCAAUCGUGGUUGCGAUACCUCUAUGGAGCAGUUCAACUCGUUUAUCAGGGAUUCCAAUUUGUUUGAAUUUAGUCUUGGAGGUCGUAAAUUUACAUGGAUUAACAAGGACGAUAAUGUCUUAUGCUUUGAUUUUGGUCUGAUGCUUUUUCGUUUCUUUAAUUCUUGGCUUUCUUUGGAGGGCUUUGAUGGUAUUGUCAAGAAGGCUUGGGAAAAUUCUUUUCCGUCUGGUACGUCUGACAGGAGAUUUGCUCAUAAACUCAAAGCGGUUAAAAAUGAUAUCAAGAAGUGGAGAGUUGAUUCUAAGAGAAGUGAGAUGGAGGAGCAAAAUCUUCUUUUGUUAAAAAUUGAUCAGAUUGAAUUAAUUGUGGAAGAGAGACCUUUAACGACUCCAGAAAGAGAUUGUCGCAAAAAAAUGGAAGAGCAUAGUCAUGGAUUUAGAUGCGAUUUACAGAUCUGA